AGAAAAGAACCAGCGCCUCAGUCUUACACAGGAAGUCCCAUAGAACGCCAUUUUCAAGUGCUGAGAAUUUAAUCCAUUUCCUCCUUCAAUUAGCAACUAUUGUAGAGUUCAUGUACCCUGUUGGGCAGCCACCUGGUCCUCCUGGCCCACCCGGUCCCUCGGGUCCGGGUGGACCCCCAGGACCAGCUGGCCCCCCAGUGCCCCGACCCUUGAACCUACCGCCGGGACCGACGCCGGUCCCUGGCCCCAUCACUACCAUUGUACCGCAAGCCCCUGGUACGCCAGCUGUUGCAACAGGGACAGGCAUGACUGCCCUCCUACCGCCAGAACUACCUACUUUUGUAGCACCAAGAAGACCGAAUCUCGGGCGAGAAGGUCGACCUAUCACGUUGCGGGCCAAUCACUUCCAGAUCUCUAUGCCAAGAGGUUACAUUCACCACUAUGAUAUUAGUAUUACCCCUGACAAAUGCCCGCGCAAGGUUAAUCGGGAAAUUAUUGAGACGAUGGUCCAUGCUUUCCCUAGAAUUUUUGGCACUCUAAAGCCUGUCUUCGAUGGGAGAAGCAAUUUAUACACCAGAGAUCCCCUGCCCAUUGGUAAUGAAAAAAUGGAGCUAGAGGUAACGUUACCAGGGGAAGGACGUGACAGGGUGUUCAAGGUAGCGAUGAAAUGGUUAGCACAAGUAAAUCUAUAUACGUUAGAAGAAGCAUUGGAAGGACGGACAAGAACCAUUCCUUAUGAUGCAAUACAGGCACUAGAUGUCGUGAUGCGUCAUUUGCCAUCCAUGACGUACACCCCAGUGGGCAGGUCCUUCUUCUCCGCUCCAGAUGGCUAUUAUCACCCCUUGGGAGGUGGAAGGGAAGUGUGGUUUGGCUUCCACCAAAGUGUAAGACCUUCACAGUGGAAGAUGAUGCUAAACAUUGACGUGUCAGCUACAGCAUUUUACAAGGCCCAGGCAGUAAUAGAAUUUAUGUGUGAAGUGUUAGAUAUUCGAGAAAUAGGUGAGCAGAGGAAACCUCUAACGGAUUCCCAGCGUGUCAAGUUCACAAAGGAAAUUAAGGGUCUGAAGAUUGAGAUCACACACUGUGGUGCGAUGCGAAGAAAGUACAGGGUGUGCAAUGUCACAAGAAGACCAGCACAGAUGCAGUCGUUCCCAUUGCAGCUAGAGAAUGGUCAGACUGUGGAAUGUACUGUUGCAAAAUAUUUCCUUGACAAAUACAAAAUGAAACUCAGGUUCCCCCAUCUACCUUGCCUUCAGGUGGGACAAGAACACAAACACACAUACCUUCCUCUGGAAGUAUGCAACAUAGUACCUGGACAACGAUGCAUCAAGAAACUAACAGACAUGCAGACAUCUACCAUGAUCAAGGCAACAGCUAGAUCUGCACCUGAUAGGGAGAGAGAGAUCAACAAUCUGGUCCGAAAGGCAGACUUUAACAAUGACCCGUACAUGCAAGAAUUUGGUCUGACGAUCAGUACAGCUAUGAUGGAGGUCCGAGGUCGCGUACUCCCACCCCCAAAGCUCCAAUAUGGAGGGCGAACAAAGCAGCAAGCUCUGCCCAACCAGGGGGUGUGGGACAUGAGAGGGAAACAGUUCUUCACAGGGGUAGAAAUCCGCGUGUGGGCCGUUGCAUGCUUCGCCCCACAGCGCACAGUGAGAGAAGAUGCGCUGCGCAAUUUUACACAGCAACUACAAAAGAUUAGUAAUGAUGCUGGCAUGCCCAUCAUUGGCCAGCCGUGCUUCUGCAAGUAUGCCAACGGUCCUGACCAGGUAGAGCCCAUGUUCCGUUACCUGAAGAGCACAUUCACCGGUCUGCAGCUUGUUUGUGUUGUUCUACCAGGCAAAACUCCUGUCUAUGCUGAAGUGAAGCGUGUGGGUGACACUGUCUUGGGAAUGGCUACCCAAUGUGUCCAGGCCAAGAAUGUGAACAAAACCUCACCGCAAACACUGUCCAACCUCUGUCUCAAAAUAAACGUGAAGUUGGGAGGCAUCAACUCCAUUCUUGUUCCAGGCAUCAGACCAAAAGUGUUCAAUGAGCCUGUGAUCUUCCUGGGUGCUGAUGUAACUCAUCCACCAGCGGGUGAUAAUAAGAAGCCGUCCAUUGCAGCCGUAGUAGGAUCUAUGGAUGCUCAUCCAUCACGCUAUGCUGCAACUGUCCGGGUCCAGCAGCACAGACAGAAUGGAUCAACAACACAAGGCCAAAGUGCCAGUGACGGCUCGCGACCCAGACAACUGACUUUCGCGAGGACGGCACAUGACGAGGUGAUCCAGGAACUCUCUUCUAUGGUGAAGGAGUUGCUCAUCCAGUUCUACAAGUCUACGCGGUUCAAGCCCAACAGGAUCAUCCUUUAUCGGGAUGGUGUGAGCGAAGGACAAUUCCAGACUGUGCUCCAGCAUGAGCUGACUGCCAUGAGAGAGGCUUGCAUAAAGUUGGAAGCGGACUACAAGCCUGGCAUCACGUACAUUGCUGUGCAGAAGAGACAUCAUACAAGAUUGUUCUGUUCUGACAAGAAAGAACAGAGUGGCAAGAGUGGUAAUAUUCCUGCAGGUACAACUGUUGAUGUGGGCAUCACGCAUCCAACUGAGUUUGACUUCUACCUCUGCUCUCAUCAGGGCAUCCAGGGCACAAGUCGUCCCAGUCACUACCAUGUUCUGUGGGAUGAUAACCACUUUGACAGUGAUGAGCUGCAGUGCCUGACCUACCAGUUGUGUCAUACCUAUGUAAGAUGUACACGAUCAGUCUCCAUACCUGCUCCAGCCUAUUAUGCUCACCUGGUAGCCUUCAGGGCUCGUUAUCAUCUCGUCGAAAAGGAGCAUGACAGUGGAGAGGGGUCACACCAAUCUGGCAACAGUGAGGAUCGCACACCAUCUGCCAUGGCAAGGGCAGUUACAGUGCAUGUCGACACAAACAGAGUCAUGUACUUCGCUUAACAUCUCUCCUUACCUAGUCUGCCUCAAGGUUCACAACAUCAUCAUGCAAGAAGAAGAGUCUGGUCUUAAAAGUGGGCUCAUUUGCAGAAGAACUCGUCGAUGGAUCCUCUUCAUUGUGGUUAAUUUUAAUUGAUAGAUGACCAUUUUAAGCUGACUUUUUUUUUUCUUCUUUUCUUUGACUGGUUUGGAACUUUCACAGAUUUUAUAUUUUGUUUUUAUGGUACGAUGGAUUUUUUUUAUUUGAUAAUGGCCCAAAUUAAUUGCACAUGAUAAAAUGUGUGUGUAAAUAUUGACCAUAACUAUGGAUUUUCUAGCGAUUGUGUAGUAUCAUGAACUUGCACUUAAUUACUAGCUUUAAAUUUUAAGAUUUCCACUUUGAGGUUCACCACCUCUUGUUAUAUUUUGGAAACCAACAAUUGAAUUGUCUUUAUUUCAUUUAUUUAUUUUUUCACAAUAAUACUUCUGGGUGAAUUCAGUUGAUACUUUCACCCUUUGCACGAUCUGUGAAAUUUACCAUUCUCUGUAGAACCAUUAAAAUGGUCACACGUUGAAUGUUUAAGGAAGAUGGAAUCAUGUACCUGCUGAAAUGUACCUCAUGCCUCCCAUAGAUGUUGGCUUGUGUACCACAUGCGUUUGUUGCAUGCUGAGUCAGUGCAUGGUAGGUUCAUGUCUUUGUGCAUGCUCCAAAGCAUGGGGAUAACUUCUGUGACAGCAGCAUUAAGCUUGCAUUUUCAUUACAUCAAGUAAUAUUGAAUUUUUAAGUGUACUGGUGUAUUUUGUAUGGAAUGCACUUGUGUGGUGCACAACUCUUUAACGAGUCAUAAUUUUGAUCACUAUUACAUGCAGUCUGGUGAGUAGUGAUGGGGUUUCAGCAGUGGAGUGCUGAUAUUUAUUGAUUCGUGCUCAUUCUUUCUUUGCUGUAAAGCAUAUUAUUCUGAAUGUAAUCAGUAUGAUUUUUAAAAUUUUCCAUUUGUUUAUUGUGUCAAAAAGUGUACAUUUUGAACUCCAUGAUUACUGACCAGAGAGCAUGUAGGUGUUGUAUGGAUAAUGCCGGGAAAUCCAAAGCCACAGCGACAUGGGGUUUUAAUGAAUUAAGGUUUAAGGCUCCUGCAGUCAUAUUUUUUACUGCCAUUAAUGUUUUUAUUUUUAUUUGUUUUUUUUUAUUAUUAUUUUUUAAAUGUGUAAAGGGUUUAAUAACCCUUGAACUCAUGUGUAUAUAGCUGGAAGGGGCAUUGCACUUGCAUAAAAUUAGUAGGAUACUAUGUUUAUGGAACAUUGUC